AGAGGGAUCCAAUCCGGUUUGAGCUUGUACUGGUACUGGUCGGACGUUUGUGUUAUUUUACACUGUUCUGGAGGUAUAGUAGGCAGAGGUGUUCGGCUGACCCACAUUUCUUAUAGUUUUCUGAACAGUAAACGAGGUUGCGUCACUUCUUUACCUCCGUCGCAGUAUUUAAGCAACAAUGGGAAGAAAAAAAUCCUCCACUGAUGCAGAUGCAAGUGCAGAGCCAAGACGAAAGUCUCAAAGAUUGUCAGAAAAAGAGACACAGCCAAAACCACAGCCAGAGAAGACUAAGGCAACUCCAAAAGCCAAAAAGGUGAAAGAGGCAACAAAGGCCAAGGGAGAGGAGAAAAAGGAACAACCUCAGGCAGAGAAAGAAGUUCCUGCAGAAAACGGAGAAGCCAAACCUGAAGAGGCCACACCAACAGAGGACGAUAAAAAAGAAGACAAGGCUGAAGAUGAGGAGAAAGCGGCUGAGUAGUACAGCCAGUGGUCCCUUUACUUCCUUUUGUUGUAAAAUGCAGAGAAUAUUUUUAUCCACUAUUUUCUUAAAACAACAGUGUUUUAGGGAUGUGAUUGCAUUUUUUUUUUAUAUAUUACAAUUUCCAUUGACUUUUUAUGGUUUCUGUGAAGAGAAAAAUUUCUUCUCACUGUGUUGUGAUUAUUUUAGUUUUUUUUUUCUCCCUGAUGUGAUCAUGUCAUUAUCAGGAAUAGGGAGUUAAGCUGAGGGAUUUUGUCAUCUGUACUGUUUUAAAUGAAACAUCAAAAUACUGUUUAAUAGAUGAAACAAUUUGAAAGUUUCAGCAUUGUGUUCUGUGUUCACAAUGCUGCUUUUCCUCAUUCUCACGUGCAGAGAAGGGGUUUGCUUUUCAUUUCAUGGUACAUUUUAGACCAAUUAAAAUGAUUUGUGCUCUUCGCUUUGCUCUAAACAAAAUGCAUUACAGAGUAAAUCAUAAUUGUCAUGGUUUAUCCUGCUCAGAUAUGUGUGGUUUAGGGUUUUCUUUACAAAUGUACAGUUUCCUCUUUCUCGUUCUUUUGUUAUGAAUGGUAUGAAAUGCCAAUUAAAGUGGGGGAUUUGUUUAUA